UCUACUAGGCAUAAAUGGGUUAAUUUUGAGCAGGAAAGGUUUCACAUCAAGUAAAUGUUUAUAAUCUGUUGUUUUUAUUUUCAGACUGGCAUGCUAUGUCUAGCAGAGGCGCUCCAUUUACAGAACGAUGAAGGAGUGCGAAGGGCCGUCUGCAGGAGAGCUCCACCCUGCUGCCCCAGCCAUGUGUGCCGUGCCUUCCAGAGGUUUGACACGUCCAGACCCGUGGCAGCCUGCGCACUAACAGUGGAUAGUACACCAUUGUAUGCACCAGGAUCAAGAGCUCAACAGACGAUGUGCAGUAUGUCAGGACUUGAUAGAAUGACCGGUCAUAUACCUGGAUUUGAUAGGAUGAGUGGUGGAACACAAGGACUUGAUAGGAUGACUGGACAACCUGGAUUUGAUAGGAUGAGUGGAGGAACACAGGGACUUGAAAGGAUGGCUGGACAACCUGGAUUUGAUAGGAUGAGUGGUAGAGCACAAGGACUUGAUAGGAUAGCUGGACAACCUGGAUUUGAUAGGAUGAGUGGUGGAACACAAGGACUUGAUAGGAUGGCUGGACAACCUGGAUUUGAUAGGAUGGCUGGACAACCUGGAUUUGAUAGGAUGGCUGGACAAUCUGGAUUUGAUAGGAUGGCUGGACAACCUGGAUUUGAUAGAAUGGCUGGACAACCUGGAUUUGAUAGGAUGGCUGGUGGUCCCCAAGGGCUUGAAAGGACAACUGGAACUACACCCAGAUUUGAUAUGAUGGCAGGAGCUUUACCAGGAUUUGAUAGAAUGGCCAGUCAAACUGGGCUUGAUAUGAUGUCAAGAAGUACAACUGGAUUUGACAGGAUGGCUGGUGGUCCUAUUGGGCUUGAUAGGAGAUCCAGAACUCCAGGACUUGGAAGUCCACCUACAUUUGCAGGACUUGGGAGUCCACCUACAUUUGAUAGAACACCAGUAUCUCCUACUGGAAUUGAUAUGAGAAACCCUGGUGCAGGUGGUAUGGAAAGAUUCCCAAGUUUUGAUAGAAUUGGUCAACCAAGUUGGUCAAAUCCUACUGUAUUUGAUAGGACAAAUCCUACAGCAUUUGAUAGGCCCAGCACAACAGGAUUUGAUAUGCCAAAUCCAACUGGAUUUAAUGGGCCAAGCACUCCUGGCUUUAAUGGGCCAAAUCCUACUGGAUUAAAUGUGCCAACUCCUACUGGAUUUGAUAGGUCUACCUUUCAAAGAUUUAACGGUGGAAAUCCCAGCGCUCCUACAUUUGAUAGACCUAGCAGUCUGAACUUCGACAGGACAUCAAGGUCCGGAAUGAACUUUCAAAGUGUCUUGGGCAUAGACAGUCGUAACCCAUCAGGCUUUGGAAACAGUCCUGUUAGUGGCUUUGGCGCCGGGAGUGCCCCAACCAGCUUUGGCAGUAGUCCUGUAAGUGGAUUUGGCACUGAGAGUGGCCCAACCGGUUUUGGCAGCAGUCCUGUAAGUGGCUUUGGCGCCGGGAGUGCCCCAACCAGCUUUGGCAGUACUCCUGUAAGUGGAUUUGACACAAGGAGUGGCCCAAGUUUUGAAAGACCCACGCCACCAGGAUUUGGUGCUCCACCAGGUUUUCCCCCAAGAACACCAUCAGGUUUUGUGGACCCCUCAUCUGCCUUGGGAUCAGGAGCCUCUUCACUAAGUGCAAGAACACCUGGUUUUGAAGAAGUGAUGAGUGGAUUCAUCAGUCCUGUAUUGGACAGCCGAAUGCCUCCAAGCUUUGAUACAACGGCUUCGUUUGAGACAGGUUUUGCAGGAAGACCCACUGGACGAUUUGACAGACAGGAGUCAGCCGGAGUGCAACCAUCAGCAGCAAGCCGUUUUCAGGAUUUCCAAGGCAUGGCUGGCUUCGAAGGUCCCUUUGCCACUUCUGGGGGUCUGACACAAGAUUUUGGUGCAACUGGUUCUAUUGGACAAAGGCCAGAACUGGCCAGCAGAUCUCCGUCUACAAGAUCAACAAGGUCAAGGUCAACCCAAGAAACUGGUUUUCCCAACAUUGACCAGUCUUUUGUCCCUUCUGGUCAGCCUAUACCGUCAAGUUCAGACACAUCCUUUCCAGUCUCCAGCUCUACAUUCCCAAGCCCUUGGCAGUCAGGUACAAGCUCCAGUUCCAGCUCAAACCUAGAAUUCCCCAGUACCGCCCAGUCUACUUUCCCAGAUCAAUUUUCAUCAUCAUCUGCGGGCCAAACAUUUUCUCCAGAUGGAAAAAUGGGGAUAACAUUCCUCUCUCAAGCUUCCUCUCCAACCGCCACACCUUCAGAUUCUUUUUCUGGAUCCUUUUCAUCAUCAGAUCUAACCCGAGCCUCUUCCAGAUCAACACCGUUUGGAUCUGAUUCUGGGUUCCCUCAGGAUCCACAAGGAUUUUCUGCAGUUAAUGGGUUUAUCAACAGUGGACAGUUUGAAUUAAGGGAAGUUGGUACUUUGCCUAGGGACAAUUUCAGCGUACAGAUGCCCAAUACUGCACUGUCUAGGUCUUCCAGUUAGUUUAUGUUGGAACAAAGACCUUUCAGGGUGACUAGUUAGUUAUUGUUGGAACAAAGUCCUUCCAGGGUGGUUGUUGUAGGUGGUAACCUUGACAGUUAAACUGUGGGAUUGUAAAUCAAGGAUGAACAUUGGGACGAUAAUAAAGUUGAAUGGCACUCAGCGAAAACCGAGCAGGGACGACACUUUCUGCUUUUAUGAAUUUUUUUAGAGAAAGGAAAUUUCUAAACGAAAAUCUAUUUUAAGUGGAAUUUGUUGUCCUUUAUAAGCCUAUGCAGAAUGCACAGACUAAAGUGGGAUGAUAGGACGUACGUGCUUUAAGCCCAGUUUUACCAGUGACUCGUUCAUUUACGUUUAUCAGGGACCUGCUGCAUUGAACAUUGUUGAGCAUAUUUACUUGAUGAUAAAAAAGCACCAUGCUUUGAACAAACUUCACUUUUAUUUAAAGUUAACUUAAUUACAUUAUUAUUUAAGAUAUCAAACUUUUUUAUACCUUUAAACCUUUUUGGAUCAUUCUGAUAAAAAAAUAAUUCUUUUAAACUGCAUAAUUCAGUCUUUGAUAAAAUCUUUGAUAAGACAGGCCCCUGAUAUUUUGCAAAGCCUUUGUUUGGGUAAACUGGAAUUAAUGCAUUUGUGUAAAGUGUAAUCCUAGAUUAGCAUGUUCAGUACACAGGCUAUUAGCCUAACCAGGGACGACACUUUCCACUUUUGUUGACUUUUCUCUUUAAAGGAAGUCCCUUCUAAAUGACAAUCCUGAGUAGGCAAAAAGUGACAAAGGUUAACCAGGGACGACACUUUCCACUUUUGUUGACCUUUCUCUUUAAAGGAAGUCCCUUUUUAAUGACAAUCCGGAGUAGGCAGAAAGUGACAAAGGUUAACCAGGGACGACACUUUCCACUUUUGUUGACCUUUCUCUUUAAAGGAAGUCCCUUUUUAAUGACAAUCCGGAGUAGGCAGAAAGUGACAAAGGUUAACCAGGGAGGACACUUUCCACUUUUGUUGACCUUUCUCUUUAAAGGAAGUCCCUUUUUAAUGACAAUCCGGAGUAGGCAGAAAGUGACAAAGGUUAACCAGGGACGACACUUUCCACUUUUGUUGACCUUUCUCUUUAAAGGAAGUCCCUUUUUAAUGACAAUCCGGAGUAGGCAGAAAGUGACAAAGGCUAAUCUGGGAUGACACUUUACGCACAUGCAUUCAGCCUAGUUUUCUCAGAUUGCGGCUCAAAUUUAAGAAUUCUACAAAGUGUACUCAUAUCAUUUAUAAAUCAAAGAUGGCCGAAGAGGACGAAUGUUUUUCUUAGUUGUAAGUUUUCAAUAAGUUUUAUACGCAAGACUUUUGUUGGUUAUUGUAUUUUCAUAUCCUCUAGAUUUGUGUUAUUUCACCAAUGUCCUUUUGGUGAUGUAAUAUAUGAAGAGAAGUUUUGAAUGUGUAAUUCAUUAUGUACGAAUAAAAGCUUUC